AUGUAUGCCACAUCCAAAUUAAUUAUUCCACCCAAACCUGCAAGGGAUACACCUUUUAUUCCGAAGUUAAGGAUUCGCCUGCGCCACUCACCUAGCAGUCAUUGUGGUGCUCGCGACCAGGUUUACAAUGUCGCACACAAUGAGUCUCCACAUUUAAUUGGAAAUUUUGGUGAUCAUGAUUCAUUUCAUACAAACAUUGAGUCUUUGGUGGGCGUUUGCUCUUUUUCAAUGUUGAGAAAUACUGCUCAAAAAGGUCCUCAUCCCAACUCCUUUGCUAAGCUAAGCAAACCACGACAAAGACAGUUGUCUAGUUUUACUUCUGGAUGUACUAUUAGGAGAGCCACAAGCAAAAGAAAACAGUCAUCUGCGUUUGUAGAUACACUGGAUCUGGAGAAUCCUGAUUCACUUUUGACGAAGGUUAAUCUAAAGUUGCUCAUUAAUAGGGAGACAUUUUAUUCUCUACCUUUGGAUGUCCAGCAGAUGCUGUCUCAACUUUUACCACUGUUUGAUCAUUGCAGAGAGAUGUCUCUUAAUAAUUCUGUUUUAAUUGAUGAAAAUGAUUAUAGUCCAUCACUUUCUUUAUCUUCUGGGAUUGAAUCAUCUGAGCAGUCAAAUACUGUAUGGUUACAUCCUACUGCCCUCAACAACGAAUUUUUUACAAAAGCCCUCCAAGACUUUUCUGAUCGCCAAGCUAAAGGUGAAUUCACCCCACGUAUCCGUAACCGAGCUGGUCUACGAGCCCAUGUAGGCAACCGGUAUAGAUACACUUCUUCCAGUGAUAUGCUCCAAUCAAAUACAAACAAUAAUAAAAAAAAGACAUUUGUUCAUGAAAUACGUACUAAGAAAUCGUCUGGUCAAACAAAUUCACGUCGUUCAUCCCGAUCGAAACCAAAGAAUUUCAAUUGCAGCGCACCCAACAACGAUUUUCAUCAUCCAUCACUUUUUACCAACUCACCACCAGUAGAUACCUCUCUUAUUUCUUCAACACUUUCUGUUUCUGGUUCAUCUGUUAAGAAUUCUCAAAGCAAAAGAAAUCGAAGCACAAGACCUUCAUAUUUGCAGAGUGAUGGUAACAAUGAAUCUAUGGUAGUCUGCUCCCCUUCAACAAUACAACUAAGAGAAAGAUUGAAAGAGAAGUCAGAAUGUUCUAUGGAAUCCAACGACAUUGAGUUUGAAGGUAGUAUUGAGAAUAAAACCUCGGAUUUGUCAGAACUCUGCACUUUUCCUCUGGAUGAUACUUUAAAUAACAGUAUACCCAGCUCGGGCAAAUCAUUUUAUCCAGCUGAUCUGGAAAACAGUGAAUUCACAGAUUCUGUUUGUUGUUUAUCAGAUAGAAAUCGUGAUGAUCGUUCUCUUUCAUUAAGUCCUGCCUACAACGGGCCAUUAGUUUCACCUUCAUCUGUAGGGGAUUCAAAUAAAGGUUUAAAACUUUGUGAUAAGACUCUUGAGUCGGAAGACCUUAAGUUAACAGAUUCUCCAAACACGAAGCCAACUCAUGCACGGCGACUUUCAUUGGAUUCAAAGCUAGUGAAUCCCUCUCCUAACAGACAAAAUAGCACCAGUAAUUCUUCACGUUCUGCGCGACCAUCACGUUCUUCUAAUUCCAAUAGUUCUUGUGGGUCACCGUCUAUGCCUCCACCUCGACAAACAAAGACGUUGGCUGCCAUGAGAGAGAAGCUGCGGGCAAAACGUAUGUUAAAGGAAUCUGAACGCAGUAUAGUGGGUCAGCGUUUUUAUGGUCUGCCGGGCAGUAUGACUCCACAUCCUUCGAGUGGUUCAAGUGGGUACUUCCAGAAUCGCAAUUACUCCACCCCUGUCAAUUUUACCCCUUUGGGCGAAACCGAAAAUAAGCAGUCACCGUCUAUGUCUUCGCCUCCACUCAGAACUCCUAUCUCUCCAUCAGCAAAUGAUGGAAGUGUUCAUUCUGUUAACGUGUCAUCUUUGCAAAGUGAAAAUCAAGAGAUAACUAGACCUAAUUUGGCAUCUGAAAGCCCUUGUUCCCCACUUUCUGCUCCAAGUAUUAAUGUCAUGUCUCCACUACCUUCUGUAAACAACGCCUCUUCCGAAAACAUUACUGCUACUACUACUACUAACAACAACCUCGAUAACUACACUUACUGCUCUAAUAGUUUCGCUCAGUCGUAUCCAUCUUCUCCUCAUCUGUCAAACUCGAAUGCUAGCAUUGUUCUACAACAGUCAGUUUUUUCACAGUUGCCUAGUCCUAUGCAUCCCACUAAAACACAUCGCUUCGAACAGAGUGUUUCCGCACCACCUACUCCCUCUAAUGUUCAGUCAGGGCAGAAUUUUACAAACUACCUACAUCAACCGGGGCAUUCUUUUUCAUCUAUAGGACCAUGUUCCAGCUCUUCCGCUCCUUUACACACGUCUCAAGUAAGUCCAACUGCGUCUUUUGGUUCAUACCCAUCUCCAGUGUUUGGCGGUAAGUCCUCAGUACCUUCCAGUGUUCGAGCUAGCACUUCUGAUUCAUACUCUUCACAAAUUGUAACUCAACCAGUUUCAGGUAGUAGCUGUCCUACGAGUAGCAUAAGUUCUGUAGUCUCAGAAGCUAUAGUACCGUCAAAGUCAUUUUGUCAAGCUCUCCCUAUUCUUAUGGAACCUACAACUUGCCCAGUUCAAGCAACAGUAAAAUCUAUUCCAUCCUUGGACACCAUUUCUAUCAGCCCUUUGACAUCUGUUUCUAGUGUUACCAAACUACUUACUUCUAAUUCACACCAAAGUCGCUCUUCCACAACAACCCGCGCAUUCUUUGUUGAUGGCGAUAAUUUAUCUGAAGCCGUCGCGUUCCUCCAGAGUUUAAAUCCAAAAGCUACAAUUACUCAACAACAGUUUUUGCUCAUCCCUGGUGCAAAUAAAUCUCAAAUGAUUUUGUGCAGAGCACCUGUAACCUGUUCAUCCGAAAUUAUAUCUCCUGUUGCAACGCAAACUUCAGUUUCUGUAUCACGUGCUAAUUUAACUUCUUGGUCCAAAAACGUGUCUCAUAUAACAACUUCAAGUACAACAAGUGUGGGUAACACACAUAUUACUGUUCCUACGUCUGUUGUUCCGAACGAUGUUUCACUACCGACAAACGUUACUGAGAGGAGCUCCACGUCAUGUAGUACACCAUUUUUUGAACCCUACCGAUCCAACAACUUCUACGCAACCCAGUGCAGUAGUGACAGUUCAUUUCCAAAAUUAAUGAAAACUUCAGAAUUACAAAUUCCUCGUUCUCUAGUUUAUUCCAAAUCAAUUAAUGUUCCUUCAUCAAAUGGGUCAUCAUUUCCUCUCAAUAUUCUAAUUUCUCAUCCUAAAGCAUUGGAAGCCAGCAGUGAACGUACGUCCCUACUUCAAGUUGUAAAAUCAGUUUCCUCUCCUUCCAAGGUAGCUAUUCCAUCGUCUGCUAAUUCUGUUUCAUGCUCAUCUCGCACAUCUGUUCCUACUGUUCUUAAUUACAAGCAACCUGUGUCCCAUUCACAGCUUAAUGUGUCGUUGUUAACCCCUGGACCUUCCGUAAUCAAUAAUGAAGUCCCUAUACUUUUUGUCCAGGAUCGUAACCAACAUCCUAUAAGAUCCCAGACUCCAACUCGACCUGUCAACUGGGUUCAGCGCAGUUCAUUCGAUCAGCAUACGGAUCUUACCGAUCGAUCAACCAUCAGUUUACCCAUUUUGUCUACUGCAACCGUGAUAACAACUCAUGCAAACAACACCGGUGAAUUUCGUUGUUUUUCCCAUCCAGUAGCUCGAUCUGGACCGUCCAUGCAACUUUCUAACAAUGGCUCUGUCUCCAGCCACUUUGGUUUCCAACCAAUUCAAUCUGUGCAACCGUCUAACCCUACAGGAAAAUCUUUGGAUUGUACUCCAUUCUUAUCCGGUCCAACUGCAACUAUUAUGUCUCCAUGCCUACCUGCUGUCAUACUUUCACAUCCUAUAACAAUUCAGUCAACUAGUAAUAUCACUCCCUCCCAACAGAACAUUUUUAACCGAUCUCUGCCCUAA